AUGGUCACUUUGUCGCAUUUGACUUGUCGGCUUCUGUCUGAGCCUCGUGGUGCAACUGCCUCUGAGAGGCACCACCUUGACACCCUCCGGGGUCUCACAGGGGCCUUGGGGGGCACCUGGCAUCCGACCUUGCCCGUUUUCCUUCAGGAAUUGCUGCCGACUGCCGAGGAUACAGCUUCCGAAGCAAGCGAGGGAUACGGUCCGCGGACUUGCUGUGCGGUGCUGCCCCAGCCCCGGUCAGGUUUUGCAGUCUUUAGUGCUCAGCCACCGUGGAACACGCCAGGCAUCGCGGUUUGCUUCGAGCUGGCGGGCGUGGAUAAUAGGCUAUUUGCUACCUUUGUCCCCGAUUACGUCACAUGCGGUGAUAUUCAAAAGCUUGCAGAGCUCUCUCCUGACUCUGGGGUACAGAUUUGGGCCGGACCGCAAUUGGUCCGUCUGCUUGAUGGCGAGCCCGCCCAUGUCUUUCCUGGUAUGUUGCUGUGCUUCACGCCUGCAGGGCGACUCCCGCCUGCUGCCCACACUCUGGGUGUCAUGCUCCUCGACCCUGAGCUUUGGAGCGACAUCGCUGUCCUUGAUGAACCUGUGUCUGACUGUGCCUUUUGUCUGGUCACCGAACGACGCAGUCAGGUCCUCCUGCUUGAGGCGUUUGAAAUGCCACAGUAUAGACGCCAUAUCGCGUCCGCGACUGGUGUCGAGCUGUCCAGGCUCCGUUUGUUUGCUGAACAGCCCCAGGCGAGAGAUACAGCGGUGAAUGGAACCUUUUGCCACUCCGUGAUAGCCAUUGGCUGUCAGGACUCUCAGCAACAGGCUUGCUGGAGUCUUGCUUUGCUGGAUUGCCGACCCAUCGAACUUGGCUGGCGGCUGACACAGGUCGCUGGAGGUGUUGUUGACAUCGGCCGGGUCGUAGACGAGUAUGAUCAGAGCGCUCCAUUAGGAUGGAAGGCGUUUGUCACUGAUGUUCCUGCACAGACAGGCAAGGUUGCAGCCUCACCAGGACAGGUUUUUACAGUUACCUAUGCCCCAGCUCCGAUCGUCGCCUUUCCUCUUUCCAGCAGCUCUGAUACAGCCAGUGCUAGCGUCACCCCGCCGGGACUGCCUCUUACCCGGCAUCGCGAGGGAGGUCGGGGAGACCCGCCCGCGACCGCUGUUCAUCCCGACAGCAACGUUGCGUCUAUGGAUACAGCAAUGUGCUUUGCUCUACUUACGCCGGCAUACAGCACCGAGGUCGUCACGGUCCGGGCCAGCCUGCCGACGCAAUUGGCUGAGGUGGUUGGACAGAUACAGCAUGCACGGGAUGUCGAGCGGCAACACCUUUUUCCCAUGUGCAGGCUGCAGGCUGUCCCAGUACAGCCCCCGUUCUCUUUUGCUUGCAUCCUCGCCUUGCCGGCAUGGCCUUUUGAUGGAACACCUGUUGAUGCUCUUGUGAACUUGCACCCAGGGGACUUGAUUACUGUGGUCCCUUUGGCAGAUGAGGUGCCGCCUCCUGCCGAUGCGGCCAUUUGGCUUCUUACUGAACAAAUGGGCCUCAGGCCUGUCCUACUUGAGAUAGGUUAUGUGGUUCGCCUUACUGGCGGGCAUUCUCCUCCUGGGGAAGAGAAUCACUUCCGAUACGUGAGCCCCGGAAGGGUACUUACCGUGACCUUCGUGCCUCGUUGGAUGCACAGCUCGCUGCCUGAUGAUGGUGGAUCUGAUGGACCGGGGGACGAUGGUGAUGGAGAUGAGGGUGACGGUGCCGGGCCCGAUGACCGUAAUCAGCCACACUCCUCUGAUUUAAUCUUCGAUGCGCAACCGGCCACACAGGCACAGGCAGGUGGCACUGGGAAUAUCGUCGGCACGAAUGUUCCGAAUACCGGCGCUGCGUGGAGCAGUCGAGUAGCCAUGUGGGGUAGGCGCGCGGAGCCGGACAUGUGCCUUCCCUGGCCAGAGGAGCUCGCAGGAGUGGUUGCUGGAGUCCCCAUGUGGGAGGAGGUGCUCAAGCACACCGUUGCCGAGGUGUGGGCGGAUAUUGAAGGGGAGGCCUUGAUCACACUUCUUGAGGAGUCUGUUGCGCAGCCUGCAUCUGAGGCUAUGUUCCUUGCCUCUACUCUCCUUGAGACUCUCAUCGAACACUUCCAGGUCAUGCGAGGGGAAGCUCAAGUUGCGCGUUCCGAGGAGGAGCGCCCGCCUCCAGCCGUACUGGAUUUGGCUCGGUGUGUUCCUCUUACAGCAUUUCAACGCCAAGUCUUGGAUUUGCAUGCCGUUGUGCCACAGCCCGGGCCCGCUGUCGCCCCAGGAACUAUCGUUGACUGGCUUGACUCUGACCUCAGAGGCCUCAAGAGAGACUCUUUGGUGCCUCGUCACAAGGUUCUCCUCUUCGAUUCCAUUGUUCCUUGGUUUAUCGGGGCAGACGAAGAUAUUCCUUUGGUAUGCGAACAGCUUGCCAUUGCUUGGGGUUUGAUUUGGGUGGUAGAGUUCGGCCCCCUCUAUGGGCUCCCGGUUACCAUGCGGUACGAUUGUAUGGCCGCCGGCCAGGGGGCUUUCGGUACUGCGCGUGCUCCGCGUGGAGGUGAGGGCCAGGCAGAUGCUUCGAUAUCUAUGUUCCUCUGCCACCUACGUCAACUCGCCGCUUCACGUGUGACACUUUCCCAUGACCACAUCAAGGCACAUGCAGGCCAUGUGGCCAAUGAGCUCUGUGAUGAGCUCGCCAAACGUGCGCGUAGGUGUGAGGCCGCCCGAAGUGGGGAUCUUCUCCCCGAUUGGCCUAAACAGCUCUUCUUCCAUCCCCUGCGUGCAUGGGCCUGGGUCCCAGUCGCCGGUACCAAGGACCUGCCAUCUCUUUUCUCGUUUGAGGCAGAGGCAUCCCGCAUGCAGACGUCGGAUUUGGUUGGACCUGAACCACCGUCGAUGGGAGCGCAGGUCGCCCGCGAAGGCUGUGGUCGGGUUGACUACGGACUGUGCUUUGUGACCUUCAAUGUGCUGACCUUGCUUGAUCCGCGUCCGGGUACUGUGAUCGCCCCUGGGACCGUUCAUCCUGGCCUCCGUGUGGUUGCUAAACGUGAAGUCAUGAAGCGCCAAUUCCAGGCCCUAGGAGCUAGCUUUGUCGGCCUGCAAGAGACACGUCUCCGCGAGGCCGCGACCUUGCCCGAUGCACAGUACUAUAUGUUUCACGCUCCGGCAGAUGAAAAUGGCCACCACGGAGUGGCCCUGUGGGUCAGCAAGGAUCUUCCUUACGCCCACUGUUUGGGCAAGCCUCUUUUCUUCCAGUCAUCACACUUCACUGUGACUGUAUGUGAGUCGAGGCUUCUGAUAGUGCAAGUGUGCGCACCUCAACUGUCUUUGACGGUGGUUGUUGCUCAUGCGCCCUCGGAGGUCAAUGUGGCCUCGGGCGCGGCUGUCUCCUUUUGGCAACAGUGCAAGCGUGCCUUACGGCGCCGACCUGCGAGGUCUGAGGUUGUCCUGCUUGUCGAUGCUAACUCAAGGGUUGGAAGCUUAACAUCUCAUUCAGUCGGGGACUUUGACGCGGACGAAGAGUCACUUACAGGGCAGGCUUUGCAUCACUUUGUUGUGGACGAACAAUUGUGGCUUCCCUCCACGUUCGCGGGGUGCCAUAGCGGUCCCAGUCCUACCUGGAUUUCUCCUGCCGGCCAGCCCUUUCGCAUUGAUUUCGGGGGGGUGCCGCUUGCGUGGCCCAUGUCCGCGGUUACCACGUGGGUUUGGACGGACUUCGAAUCAUUGCAAGUCCGCGAUGAUCACUUUCCGGUUGUGAUGAAGGUCCGCUUUCGCCUGGAGACGGCGUCGGCGGGUCACACUGUCUACCGCCGGCAAGCGGUGCGGCCUCCUCGCCUGGGGUUUACAGCUGAGUAUGUUGAGGGGCUAGCUUCGGUUACUUGUUGUGCCGAUACCGCGUGGGAUGUCAAGGUCGAUGCACAUUUCCAACAUGUGACCAGUGCAUGGAAUCGGCUUGGUCGCUCCUUGGGGUCCAGUUCUGAUUCUGUCCCCGUGCAGUCGUACUUGUCGGAGGCCACGCUGCGUUUAGUCUCUUGGCGCAAGGCCUGGCGCCGGAGACUACGAGAUCUCAAAGAUCCACAGAGACAACAGCGACUGGCUGCAUUCUUUGGUGCGUGGAGCCUUGCCGGCCGUCUGGCCCGUGUCGACUUCGCGACACCAGCGUCCCCGUGGGGUUGGGCGCGUGAAGUCGACCUCGAAAUUGCCCAGGCUGCCAUGCUUGUGUUCCGGCUAGGUCGAGUGAUUAAGGGGGCUUCCCGGGCUGACCGCGUCGCCUAUCUUGGACAACUUGUGGAAGCCGUGUCUUUGGCGGACCUCAAGGAUCCCAAGGCCCUUUUCCAUCGUGUGCGAAAGGCUUUUCCACAGGCUAGGCCCUCGAGACGACCUCUCCACUGUCCCCUUCCUGCGGUAAUUGCUCAGGACGGAGAACUGGCAGCAAGCACUGCGGAUCGUUUCGAACAAUGGCGAUCUCACUUCGCCGAACAGGAAGCUGGAGACAAGGUGGAUGGGCCUGGCUACCUGGAGGUUCUACGCCGGCAGCGAGUUGCAACUCUUGCGGCUGUUGAACAGACGUUGUGUGAGCUUCCAUUUGGCAAGGCUGCUGGAUAUGAUGGGCUUACUGGUGAGUUGCUCCGCGUCCAUGUGCCGACGUCAGCCCGCUUGCUCGUGCCGGUGUAUGCCAAGGCGGCUAUUGGGUUGUACGAGCCUAUAGAAUUUAGGGGCGGAGCCCUGGUUCCAUUGGCCAAGCGUGCCGCAGCCUCUCUGACUUGUGAUAAGUUCAGAAGCAUUUUGGUCUCUAGCAUUCCGGGCAAAGUGUACCACAGACAGCUGCGUACCAUGCUGGUGCCUGCGCUACAGACUGUCAGAGCGGACACACAGGCUGGGCCUGUUCCGGGUGUGUCUACCGAAGCCAUCUCCAUGGUGGCAAGAACUUUCCGCGAUAUCAUGUCCGGUCGCAGGGUCGCCUGGGCUCUUACCUUCUUUGAUGUACGGGCCGCCUACUACAGGGUCGUACGACAGGCUCUGCUCACCGUGGGCGAUACCGAGACGGCCUUGCGACGGCUCAUGCAUGACCUUGGGGUGCCGCACGACGCCAUGCAGGAGCUCUUCGAUAAGCUCACUAUGAUUGGUGCCGUUUCGGAGAGUGGUACCCCGGAACAUCUGCAACGUAUCCUCUCUGAUGUGCUGCAAGGUACCUGGUUCCGACUUGACCUAGGGUCUACACUCACCCUCACGCAUAGAGGUGUACGGCCAGGGGACAGUCUUGCGGAUGUCUUGUUCGCAUUUACGUUCAGUGCCUAUCUCAGGGCAACCGAAGCUGCUACGGUUGCCGCUGGGCUUCACUCGGAGAUGCCUGAUUGCCGUUCCUCCCCCUACUGGGCUGACCACGCCCCGCCAGCUGCAUUAGGGUGUGGGUCCUGGGCGGACGACUUCGUCCAAAUGACCUCCCAGACAUGCCUCCGGUCCCUUGCACAGAGGGUCACUCGGAUCGUAAACAUCUAUGUCGAGCAGGCUGAGUCGGUGGGCAUGCAACUCACUUUUGCUCCGGACAAGACGGCCACCAUGAUUUCCCACGCUGAGCUUCAGGACCCGCCUAUUCCAAGGGAUUCUGAUGGUCGCUUUCUUAUGGUGCACAGCUCAAUUACCGGUGUUGCGUAUCGCCUGCCUGUCGUGGAUGCAUACAAACACCUUGGCGGCAUCGCCACCACUACGGGGACCCCGGUGCCGGAAAUAGGUUAUAGGCACUCAUUGGCGAUGCUGGCCAUCCGACCUCUACGGUCACGCCUCUAUUCCGCCUAUGGCAUCCCUUUGCAAAUUCGGCGCCACUUGUUGCGUUCCCUGGCUAUGUCGCGCUAUGUGUUCGGCAGCGCCGCGUUGUCCUUACGCACUGCUCUCCAUCGACGCCUGUGGUCCAAGCAUUAUGUCGCACUGUGGCGACAUUUGUGGCGUAGAGGCAAAGGCGAGCAUUUCAAGCACUGCUUCGAGGUGUUGAGCGCUGCACAGGCCCCCACUCCUCCACUUGCGCUUGCGCUGGCACGUGCAGUCUUGCUCAGACAAGUUACGGUGAGUGGGCCGGCUACAUUGGCUACAUUGGUGAGGUUGCUCCAGGUGCAUUGGCAGGAGGCCCCUAAGACUGCCUGGCUCGGAGCGGUCCGUGAGGACAUUGUCCAUGUUUCCCAGUACGUCCCUGCUGCAAAGGUGCUGUUGGGCACUUCGGACCCUGUGCGGGCUCUCAUUGAGGCCAUUCAGGACGAUGCAAGCUGGUGGGUGAGGCAGCUCAAAAGUGCAUGCAGAAAGUCCAUCGCUGAGAUGGAGGAGUGGUGCAAGAGUCGUGCCUCCUGCCGGCCGAUUGCUGGGCCAACUGUUGUAGUUGACACGGACGAGCCCGAAGAGGAUGUGCCUGUUCACUCCUGCCCGUGGUGCCCGGCGGUGUUUCCCCGGAGGAAACAUCUGGGCGCCUGGGACGCCUUCUCUGCCUCCCUUCCUACGCUCCAGUGCUUCGGUCCGAAAUCCAUCACCACUGAAGCUCGAGUGGAGCUCCUCGGAGAAGAAAUGGACUUAGGCCGUACCAAGGAGGGACCCAGGGGAUAUGCAGCGUCCUUCUGGGAUGCGCGGGAGUGGGGGCAUGCCCUGCAGCUGAACGACGGCUCCCACGAGGUGGGCGUGAAGAAGCUCAUCAAAACUUUGAAGGAUGGGCGGACGCUGACGGAGCAGCCGCUGAGGCUGACGGCGCUCCAAGCGCUGUCUCCUGCCGCCCUGGUGGGCCAUCGAGGGGCACUAGCGGCGCAGGCAGCCGCCGUGCUGGACCGUAACAAGGCCGUUCGUGAGUGCGCGCUGGACGCCCUGUGGGAUGCGGCGGGCCAGCAGCGGCCCGAAGAAGGUGGAGCAGUGCAUGCCGCCCUCUCCGCAGAGCUGCCGCCGCGUGAUGCGCGCUACAAAGCCGAG